GAGGCGGUCAUGUGGGCGGUCACGUGCCUCGCCGAGAUCCGUCCAAAAGAAAAUGGGGUUUGGUGUAAAUCUGGGGGUGUAAUGUUAUCAUAUAUCACGCUACCUCGUAAAACCGACACUGAAAGCUGCCGGACAACAAAUCACAGGUCAAAAUUAUGAGUUCUUCGUAUUAUGUGAACGCGCUUUUUAGCAAAUAUACGGCGGGGGCUUCUCUCUUCCAAAAUGCCGAGCCCACUUCUUGCUCCUUUGCACCCAACUCGCAGAGAAGCGGCUACGGUCCGGGCGCCGGCGCCUUCGCUUCCACGGUGCCGGGCUUAUACAAUGUCAACAGCCCCCUGUAUCAGAGCCCCUUCGCUUCGGGCUAUGGCCUGGGCGCCGACGCCUACAACCUGCCCUGCGCCUCCUACGACCAAAACAUCCCCGGGCUCUGCAGUGACCUCGCCAAAGGCGCCUGCGACAAGGCGGACGAGGGCGUGCUGCACGGCCCGGCCGAGGCCAGUUUCCGUAUCUACCCCUGGAUGCGCAGUUCAGGACCGGAUAGGAAGCGGGGACGCCAGACCUACACGCGCUACCAGACGCUGGAGCUGGAGAAGGAAUUCCACUUUAACCGCUACCUGACGCGCCGCCGCCGCAUCGAGAUCGCUCACGCGCUCUGCCUCACCGAGCGCCAGAUCAAGAUCUGGUUCCAGAACCGGCGAAUGAAGUGGAAGAAAGAGCAUAAAGAUGAGAGCCAGGCUCCCACUGCAGCUCCCGAAGAUGCGGUGCCCUCCGUCUCCACCGCAGCUGCUGACAAGGCCGAUGAGGAGGAUGAGGAGGAAGAGGAGGAGGAAGAGGAGGAAGAGGAGUAAAGGCCCAAGCGCAGGGCCCUGGCUGCACAGGACAGUCGGAAAAGCGUCGUUAAGAGACUCACUCAUUUUAGUUACAAAAAUGGGGGGAAAUAAAGUGUAAAAAAAAAAGAAAGAAAGAAAAAAAGAAAAGAAAAAAGAGGGAAUCAGUCCCCGCCCUCAUUCUACCCACUCCAUCACCCACUCUAGCUCCCAGGGGGAGAUUAGGUCACCUUGGGGACCCUCUCUGCCUCUGAGGACCCCAGUAGAUACCCCCAACCCUGGGCCAGUGUUGUGCGCUGGCACAACCAAAAUACUACCUAGCACAGGCCUCCUUGAGAGGCACCCCCAAACUACCUAUGGUCCCAGCCCCAGGGGGCCGCCACUCCCAAGAAGCCCCCUCCACGUCCCAACAGUGGCAGACACCCAGCACCCGCCACCCCCCAUCCCUGCAAAUACAUGAUCAGUACUACCUACUAGGCCUAAACUACCUAUUUUGUGCUGGCCGGCUCUCCUGCCUCUCCUGCCAGGCCCUGACGCUUUUAGCUGAUAGUCUUUGGGGUCACCAAGGCUUCACUAACAAGGCAAUGAGGUUCAGGGACCAGAGCAUUGGCUUCUAUUUAAAUUGAGAAAUAAUAUAUUUAUUCCAAAGCAUAUCAAAUGCUGCUGCAUCGUAGAAUCCCUCUUUCUCUGGCUUUGGCACCUGAAGUUCAGGGCCAUUGCCCUUCCUUCUGGAGGGAAACAUCCCUGACCUGGCUGCAGACCUCUGGGAUAGCUUUGGCUUUGUGCGGCUAAGGAGAUGCUCUCAGCCUCACUGUGCCUCCCCUUGCUUCUGUGUCCUACUGUUCAGCCAUGUCAAAUCUGUAUACCUAUACCCUGACUUUUCCUACCGAGGGCAAACACUGUAUAUUUGAACAGAUUGUUUUUGUCAUUUCUAUAAUCGUGAAACUCAUUUGUAAAGGAAUGUCUUGACUUGGGGAGAUGCUUUAUGGGGUGACUUUGUAGCAUGGUGUGUCGUAUUGAACUAAUUCUGUAGUGGCUGAGAGGUCCAAUACCCACCCUGGGUGCCCAUUAUCUCCCUUGUUGUUCCAUGUCCCCCUUAAACCCAGACUGGGGUUCAGGGAAGGCAUGCUUCCCAGCCCGGUUACCUAUGUUUUAUGUAACAAUAAAGAUGCUUGGCGACAAAGAAA